AAAACGUAGUGAUUACAUACUCUUUGGUGGUCUGUGCUCUUUGGUGCGUGCUUUCUGGAACAGAAACUUGUAAUAAUUGCAAUUUAACAAUUUAAAAUUAAUUAUAUUUGCAAUAUUAAGCUCUUGCGAUUUUUUUCGUAACAUUGUAUCAUGCCAGUUGCUGAUGAAAUCCAGUCCUCAUGGGCUGAUGAAGUGGAAAUCGAUCAAGGUGCACUUCCACCACCAUCCGAAGUUGUUGAAAAUGGCCUCAAGAUUGUAACAGAAUAUAAAUAUGACAAUGACAACAAAAAAGUUAAAAUUGUCCGUACAUACAAGAUCGAAAAGCGUGUUGUCUCAAAGAGUAUUGCAAAACGUAAGAUGUGGAAUAAAUUUGGAGAUUCAGCUGGUGACAAACCUGGUCCAAACCCUGCCACCACCAAUGUAUGUGAAGAUGUGUACAUGCAGUUUAUAACAAGCAAAGAAGAGGCACAGCGUCCUGAUGAAGGAGAUCUAGAAGCCCUCAAGGCCAGACCUACUAAAGUGUUGUUCAAAUGUCGUACAUGUCAAGGAGAACAUUGGACUUCAAGUUGUCCAUUCCAGCACACCCAAGUAGCUCAGGCUAAGGCGAGUGAAGCUGCUAAAGCUGCUGAAGCCAAAGCAUCCACCACUAACAAGUAUGUAGCACCCAAUAUGCGUGAGGGCGCAACUCGCAGUACUACUGGUCGCGAGCCUCCGGGUGCUCGACGAGACGACCUAGCAGCCAUCCGUAUCUCCAACUUGAGCAACUUUGCAGUUGAGGCAGAUUUAGAUGACCUGGUGAAAGGAUUUGGGCCAGUACACAAGUUGUACCUUGCUAAGGAAAAGAGUACUGGUCAAUGCAAAGGAUUUGCUUAUGUGCAUUUCAAAUUCAGAGCUGAUGCUGCUAAAGCUAUUCAAACUUUGAAUGGCUAUGGUUAUGACCAUCUUAUAUUGAAUGUAGAGUGGUCCAAACCACCUCAGAGCAAUUAAUAUAUUAUUAUGUCAGAUGUUACAACUUACAAAUUUAUAAAUAAAUUUCAAUAAACUACUA